UUCCCUUACGCUGCUCCACCUCCUCAGGAACCUGUGAAGACCCUCAGGAGCUUAAUCAACAUCCGCAAGGACACACUGCGCCUCGUCAAGUGCUCAGAGGAGGUGAAGACUCCGGGGGAAGAAGUCAGCAAAGCCAAGGUGCACUACAACGUAGAGUUCACUUUUGACACAGAUGCCCGCGUGGCCAUAACCAUCUACUACCAGGCGACCGAGGAGUUUCACAAUGGGGUGGCGAGCUACAUCCCCAGGGACAACAGCCUGCAGUCGGAGACGGUGCACUACAAGCGGGGGGUGUGCCAGCAGUUCUGCGUGCCCUCCCAUACCGUCGACCCCUCCGAGUGGAGCGAGGAGGAGCUGGGCUUCGACCUGGACCGGGAGGUGUACCCCAUGGUGGUGCACGCGGUGGUGGAUGAAGGAGAGGAGCACAGCGGGCACUGCCAUGUGCUGCUGGCCACCUUUGAGAAGCACAGUGACGGCACCUUCUGUGUGAAGCCUCUCAAGCAGAAGCAAGUGGUGGAUGGUGUGAGCUACCUCCUGCAGGAGAUCUACGGCAUCGAGAACAAGUACAACACGCAGGACUCCAAGGUGGCCGAGGACGAGGUGAGUGAUAACAGUGCCGAGUGCGUCGUCUGCCUCUCGGAUGUCCGCGACAUCCGCCCCUGCCGCCACCUCUGCCUCUGCAACACCUGCGCCGACACCCUGCGCUACCAGGCCAACAACUGCCCCAUCUGCAGGCUGCCUUUCCGAGCCUUGCUUCAAAUACGAGCCAUGAGGAAAAAGUUGGGUCCCCUCUCACCCACCAGCUUCAACCCCAUCAUCGCCUCGCAGACCUCUGACUCCGAGGAGCACUCGUCCUCGGAGAACAUCCCUCCGGGUUACGAGGUGGUGUCGCUGCUGGAGGCCCUC